AGUCCACGCUCUGGUUGCUCUUGUGCGCGGAACUGCAAGAAUUCUUCUUGAGUGUGUGGAUUGGUGGAGGUCGCAGAUUUUCCUCGAACAAAACGGCACGUGGUGGUUUCCACGUGCAAAAUAAAGAUCUUCUUUUGUAUAUCGGAUACCGACCGGACAUUGAUUGUUUUCCCAAACGGUAUCUUAAUCUUCUUGGGGCGCGAAGAUCGCAAACGAAAUACUGCGAUAUCUACCGGUUGUGUUUGAGCGAAGAGCAGGAGUAGUUGUAGAUGAAGGUAUUUUUUUCUCUUGCUAUGUUAUGAUCGAUUUUGUGUUCUUUGACAUUUAACGCUUCUGUGCAGCUUCCGCAAGUUCCUUAAAAAAUCAACAAAACAUAAGGCUAUCGUUUAUGGUAUUCACUUCUCAAGCCUAUUUGAAAGUAGUAUCAAGCCCUAUGUUUACAAUUUGGUAGUACAGAAAUACCACCAUACUUUUUCAUUUCUUGUGUUCGAUAUUAGGCCGUGUCUACGCAAUAGAUUGCAUCCUGCAACUGCUUUUAAACGUAUAUUAUCUUGUUUUAACAAGCGUCGAAUAAUCUAAGUGAUUAUACUCUGUUUUAUAAAUAUAAGAAAUUGAUAGAUAGAUUUUAGACAAUUUUAUUUCAAAAUGGAAGAAAUCGAAGAUAUGGUAUUCGUGGAACAACUUAACUCUUUCGUUCACCAAUGGCUGGAACUUGGCAACAUUUUUGAAAAUAUUCCAGAUAUCCCCAAUUUGCGAUUGGUCCAGAUAUUGCCACCUGCAUGUAUUGCCAUCGCUUUGACCACUGGCAUCGAAUCUGCUCUGAGCAGACAUUACUGGAAAUACUGUUGAUUUCUUUCGGUUACGAUUUAUUUAUUCGUUUAGUUUUUCAAAUUUUUAAAUAGUUCUCAGUCACUGCAACUCUUUUGCACACUGUAGACGACUGCUGAUUGGUGCUGAAGAAUUUUAAUGUAUUUUAAAAUUUCUUUUAAAUUUCUAAUAAUUCGUGUGAUUUAAUUAGUAAAAUCUCAGGAAUCUAAUUUUUAUUUCUUCCUGAAUUUUAUUUUAUUUUUUUUAGAAUUCGAAUGGUGCUAAAUACAUCGGAUUCAAAACAUUCAUCAUUCAUUUUCUAAACUCAAUCGUCAAGUGCAAUUUUUAGCUCUUAAAGAUUUUGGUAGUAACUUAUAGCUGCCAACGAGUUGAGUAUCUGUGCCAACACGGGAGGCGUAGUUUGCAGUUAAAUUCCAAAGUUUUGUAUUCUAAUACUUUUGUGACAAAAUACUUUAAGAGGUGGUGAAAAUUCAAACUAUCUUUGCUAUUAGUACUUGGGAAACUUUGGAAAUUGAGAGUUGUCAUACAUCAAAAGAGACUUUCAUCUUUGAUAAAUUGCAGCAAAGAGUGCUUCUUCGUAAACAGAAAACAUACGUAACAAAUUUUGAAUAUAAAUAACUCAUUAGGAGCUUAUAGCUCUGUACCAAAGGAGAUCGUGCGUCAGUAUUGACCUGCAACAUACACAACUUAAAGACAUCAAUCUUGUAUAUCCAUAUCUCAACAAGUGGUAGGUCCUGGCGGUAACUACAGUUUGCGAGUCCUCAUCACCCUGUAGACUAGUUCCAUUUACCGCGGCAGCGACUUUGGGAUCCUCUAAGAGUUGGACACUAAAUCAGCCAUUCAGAAUGCCACCAGUAGCAUCCAGCCUGACUAUUACUGGCGUGAUUUGGGCAUGCCUAUCUAUGAUUUCUGCUAUUCUGAGUGCUACUGGCUUCUACAUGCCCUACUGGAUGAAGGGUACUUUGUCAGAUGGGACAGACGUUAGCUUUGCAUCUUUCAGGCGAUGCAAUUAUCCGCGGCUCACAGCAGAAGGGAAACUGGAAAUGAUACACGAAUGUGGACGGUACACUUCAUUUCUGGAUAUACCCAGUACUUCAUGGCAAGUCACAACAAUCACAGUGGGACUUGGGGCAGCAGUGUCACUUCUGGUAGCGUUCACAGCUUUGUCUGCCUGCUGCCUAGCAGAUGUGAUUACAAAGACUACAGCUCGGAUACUAGGCCUCAUCCAACUAAUUGCAGCUCUGUUAAUUGCAACCGGCUGCUGCAUUUAUCCUAAUGGCUGGUCCAGUCGGGAAAUCCGAGAUGUUUGCGGGCCGGACUCGGAAGCCUACAGACUCGGCACCUGUCAGAUAUCAUGGUCUCUGUACCUCCUGUGCACCGCCGUCGGCAUCCUGUUAUUGUGCGUGAUUUUAUCCCUGAAAGCCUCUCAUGUGAAACCGAACUCUUUUCGCAUCUGACACCACCAACGCACGUCCACCUUCCAGAGCCAGCAGCAGGGCCAUUCUCGGUUCCUCCUCCGUCGCCAGCACCGUCCUCGCCAGCAGAGCUUCGAGAUGCAAAUCCAGCACCUGGAUGAGGAAGACAUUGCUACCAUCACACGCAGCUGACAAAGACUUGCCACUAAAGAAGGCAAAUUAGAAGCCAAGAAGAACAAGCAGAGAAGCAAGAAUGUCGCGGACGAACUUUGGACGGCAUCCUUGUGAUGAAUGUCAAAUGAACUAGUGUAAAAAUAUAUUAUAAAACAUGCUGGUUAUAACAUUAAUAUUUCUUAAGGUGGACGUGGUUUUUUUUAAAAAAACUCUUUUUACAUUGUUCAUAACAAUACUAAGAAUAGGGGAAAGUGGUUUGAGUAGAGCAAAGAGUGCAGCUGCAAGCUAUAAAAACAAAUUAAUGAUAAAUUCAGCUAUUAGAUAAUGCUAUAAUAUUGAAAUAAAUGAAUUUGAAAAUUUUAUAAAUCACGUUAUCACAAUUUUGCUGAUUUGAGGGGAGUGUCACGGAGUGAUUGAACUCAAUGUUCUUAAUCUCCAGACAUAACAGGUGAACAGGGUAAUGGCAUGGCAAUGAGAUUCCUUAGCAAGUGAUUGAGAAAUAAAAAUUGAGAAUAUAACAAUUUGCAAUAACAACGGACAAUUUUGUUUUAGUUUAAUUUAGUUAUAAUGUUCAGUUUUCAAGAUACAUAACGGUUAUUUUAGAAUAGGCUUAAAAUUUUAAUACGCAAUUAGAUGACAGUAUCUGAGCCAACAUCUUAUUUCUAGAUUUUCUGACCACAUCAAAGAGAGGACCUUUGGUUCACAAUGCGAAAUUAAACAUUAAAUAUGCCACAUACUUGAUAGAUCUUUGAACAGAACUGGGUUUCGAACCUGGAAUCCACUUACCUCGAAAUUGAAAGCAUACCAUUAGAUCACUCCGGCUCAAAGACGUACUUUUUAAUUGAAUUUCAAAAAAGAUCGUAACAACAACAUUUAGCAUCUUAAGAAAAAAUUAUCUUUAAAAAAUUCGAAUAAACACAAUUGAUCCGUAUAGUUCCAAUUUCGGAAGAAAAUACCGAAAUUUUGUUUGAAAAAUUUGUGUCAUGCUCAUUUAUUUAGAAUUUAUUAUUUAUUGUGCAGCAGUUUGCUUCUAUUCACAACAUACAUAUCAGACUGUAUGAUGUAAAGGUUUUAAUUUUCGAGAAUGUAGUCUCAAAUGUGAUUGUUGUUAAUGCGCAGCUGCACUCUUUGAUGGAACUAUACUCAUAAAGAUACUAAACUGGAUAUUUAUUAAAAUAUCCAUCUCAUCUUGAAAUUCUUGGUCUGAAACUGCAUUCGUUCGUAAUGCAAAAUUGCUUUUGGGCCAUUACUCAUUUUACUAUCAUUUGCUAUCAUCCGCAAAUGAUUGACUAAAGUUUGAAACUAAAAGGCGCAUUUAAACGCCAAACGAUGCAUUGCAUUUCUCUAACACGAUUUUUUACAGGCCCAUUUAGGCCGUGUUUUGCAUGUCCCUUUUAAUACAUAGUAGACUGUACAGAAGAUCGCUUCUUAUUUGAUAUCUAUGUGUUCUUCUUCGGAAAUUAUUUCAUUUCUUUUGUUGGUUUUAAAGUGAAUGCGAUAAAUUGAAUUUUUCGAUUAGAAGAUUUAAAACUGGAUCAUUAUACUGGGUUAUUCAAAACUAUUGCAAAUAUCUGUAAGAGCUGAUGUGAUUAUACUAAGAAAGCAUUGCAUAAUUCUGAAGAAUACUCACUUUUGUUUUUCUCUGUAAUGAUUGUUUGUGUGAACCUCAAAUCUUCAUAUUGGCAGUAUCCAUGCGCUAGUUCGUUUCUUUACUAUAUGAAACAUUAUUUAUGCAUAUCUUCUGACAUUGUUGUAUGCAAAAAAAAGGCAUCAAGAUUAAGUUUACAAUAUUCCUUAAUGAAAUGAAAGUACAACAUGUAAUUCCAGAAAAAGUAAAUAGUCAUAUGUAAGCGGCUAUCGAACAUAUAUCAAUGACCGUAAUGAUACUUCAGAAUAUCUAGCGCGAAUGGAGUAGGGACUGUUGUCUCAAUGAUCGAUAAAUUCACAUAGGGAAAUUAUUGCAUACUUAAACACACGUACAUAAAAAAAAGAACUUUAAUUUUCCUUCUUUAACUAUCCAGAUAUUUUCUCCCUGUGAAUACUUACAAGAAGCUUUUAGCCAUUCAGUUGUAUUGAAUAACCUUGUGUAACAUGAGAUUAUGGGUGCUUGUUUAUUAUUGCGGCCCCCGUAUUUACUUGGCCUCAAGCUGCAUUAUACAUAAAAUUGCAAGAUGGUAGCAUUUCCUGGUUAACUGGUGAUUUUUAUAUUACAUCUAGAUCGCCAACGCGGAGUUACUAAUCGCCAAGUUGGCGAAGGUUUACACCAUUUGGCGUUUUGUCGCGGAAACCGUAAAAAUAAACAAGUACCAGAUUAUGUUUACCAUUGGGAAAGAAAAUGAAUUCGAAUAUUUCUUUGGUGCUGCUUUUCAUUGAUCAAGUAUAAGAGGAUCACAUGAAUGCAUUUUGUUGUUCCUUUUCUUGACUGUAUGAGAAUUAUUCUUAGUUUAAUUUCUCUAAUUUAGUCAUUUCUAUUUUUUAGCAACUAUGUGUCAUUGUCUUGUUUAUUUUUCGUAAUGUAAUCAUAAGACGAUAUAUAUUAAAAAUUUGUGGUUUUGUGUUAUAUGUGAUUCGAUAAAUAGUGCUACUUGAAGUGACUAUUUCAAUACUGAUCAUUUAUUUCUGAAUGUCAAAUAAGUUUUCAGAAUAUAUGGAUUGCCCAAAUGAAAACAACGUUUCUUUUUUGAUUCUAAUGAGUAAGAAUAGACAUAUUUCAAUAACCAUUAUCAUAUUCAUUGGAAUUAAUUUAAAUUUAUUAUUGAUUUCCAUAUUUGAUAUAUUUUUAUCAUUGAUAUAUUUUCUAACUAGGCGGUAUCCCAAUCUAUGUAUAAAAUUUUUGGCACAUGUUAUUAAAAGAAAAUUACAGAUUUGCAUUUAAUGGUUAUGGAGGAGACAGUACCUUGAGAUUUUUUUUAAUCGGGAAAAAUUUCUAAAUUACUUUUAUUUAUAUCCCCCUCUCCAAGAAAAUAAUGUAAGAAAUAAGCACGAUAAACUUUUUUGAAAAUCCAAAAUUAAUGUAAAGAAUCUCUUGGGUACGAAGAUAUAUAGCGUGGAACAAAAAGCCUAGUCUUAAAAUCAUCUUCAUUAACUAUGUCAAAGGGAACUAACUAUAUGUCUCUCCUUUAAACUUGAGGCAUUAUUGGAAUAGAAUAAAACUUAUAGUGUGUCGCUAUAAAGUGAACAUCUUGGCGAUGUGAUAGUACCAUGCUCUUAAAUCAAGCAAUAUUCACGAUAUUAUGGAGCGAGUUAAGAUGGUCGGUAAUGCUUUAAGGCUAUUAGGUCUUGCCCAUGCUGAAUCUAAUAUUAAAUUUGACGAGUUAUUUCUUGAAGAAAUCAAAAUGGUGGCAAUGACAUGUUCUUAAAUAGUAAUCAUGUAAUUCCAAAAAAAUCAUUUUCAUUUAAUUUUUAAUAGGAAAUUCAAGAUUUCGAUUUCAUUUAUGAUUUAAUGGGCAAUUUUAUGAACUACUUAUCAUAACAUUUUUUUAAAUUAAAAAUCCACUAUGAAAUUGUUUACAUCCGCAUAAAUCUAAAUUGUACCUUAUUCUUACUCAUUAAAAAAUACCUAAUUGUUUUGCAGAAAAUUUCGACAUUUUUUUUUUUUUUGUUGUUGGCUUGUUAGGUUGGAUGCAUGCUAUGGAUGUGUAUAUAAAGAAUAUGUUGAAAAUAUUUGCUAUCAGAUUAAAAGGAAGAAUUCUGAGGUGAAAAUUUUUCAGUGCUGUUAAAAUGUUGCAUUAAUGUUAAAAAAAAUAAUUAAAUUAAAAAUAUCUAUGAAAUUUCUGAUCAUUUGGGCCAGUCUUAAAUAAUAAAAUCAGAAUCAUUAAUUAAUUAAUGUUUUUAAUUAUAUUACUUAUUAUUUUUAAUAAGUAAUAUAAUUUAAUAUUUUUAAUUAUUUACUUAUUAUUUUUAAUAAUAAGUAAUAUAAUUUAAUAUUUUUAUUUAUUUAUUUAUUGUUUUUAAUUAUAUAGAUACUAAAUUCAGUCUAUGAAAUGUGUAAUGUUAAACAACAUAAUUCACAUUUGAUUUUUUCAAAAUUAAAUAAUGACAUUUUUUUCCCAAACGACUUGUCUGGAAAAUCUAUGUUGUCAACUUGACUGUCUGUAUGAGAACUGGCUCGAGGCAUAGAUCUAUGCUCAUCUGCUGUCAUAUGUUAAACCAAACGAAAAAUUUCUUUAAAAUUGAGUAGAUCAUUAUUAGAGAAAUUUAAUUCGACUUUUUGCAUAACAAUUUCGUGAAACUAACACUUUCACCAUAUCAGUCUUGUAAAUAUAGGAACCGAUGUUGUGCAGACUAUGCAAGGGCAGUUCUCAUAUUCGACAGCCGGUGAUAUCCUUCAACAAUUUAUCUUAUGAUUAAUUUUAUGGAGUAAUAUUUGUAGUUUAAUAAAUAUAUCAAUCAAAUAUUGUUAUGUUUGAUACUUUUAAUGUUUAUGGGAUGAAAAGAGUCAAAAGACCAGCGCGUCAUUGAAUCAGAAGGCAUCUUUUUGAUUCUGAAAACAUUUACUUGGGAUCAAGUUUAUUUCUCCAUAGUUCAAAACGUGCCUUAUUAGAAUCAAAAAGAAUGUUUGAAAAAUUAGGACCUUAUUUAAGAUGGAGAAAUGAUUUCGCAAAACUCUGGGAACAUAUUCCUGGAAUAUUGAGUUUUGACGUAUAUACACUGCAAACUGAUUUGACUAUUGUAACCAUGUUUUCUGAAAAUUGAAUUUCUGUUAUAAAAUUAUAGACUUUUAAUGCUGUUUAUUGCAUAGCUUUUGCGAAACUGUGCAUAAAAUGUUACUACAGUGAAAUAAUAAAAUGUGUUUUGUCUA